GCGUCGACCGUUGCCAGAGAAGCCAUUCUCCGGUUACCAGCCCCGCUCGGCGCCUUCGCAUCUCGGCCGGCGCUUUCGUCCACCGCGGGCCGCUCGGGAGACUCGCUUGACCUCCCGACAUCGGGCCUCCCUCGCCUCCCGCCCACUGGCCUGCCCGGCUCUUCCCGCUCCCUCCUAGCCGGUCCCGGGCGGGGCAGCUGCACGGCGAGAGGCAGACUCCGCCGACGUCUCGGCCAUUCUUUUAGCUUCUGUGGAGAAAUUGUUGCUGAAGUGACCUACACUGCAAUUUACUACAUUAAUGGAGAAACCUAGAAGAGAUGGAAGUCAUUCAGAGGAACUCUUUUCACAUCUUGAAAGUUCCCCAAAGAGGGAACAUUUGCCACAGUGUGCCAGUGAACAUCACCUCAGCAGCCUUAAACAGGUCAUGCUGAAUGAAGACCUUGGACUGAAGGCAACCCUGAAGGAGGCCGAGUUGGCAUCCUGUUCUGUGGAGUUACUUCUGCCAUUAUUUAAGAACACUGUUGAAGACAUCAGUUUAGAAAAUGUUAAUCUUUUUGCAUCUAAUUUGAAGAAGAUUUCUGAACAGAAGGAAAUAUUAACAAAAGAAUUAGAUACUUUUAAUCGUGUUAAAGUAGCCUUAGAGCAUCUCCUUAGGGAAACAGACUACAAACAGGCAGGAGACAAUUUACCCAGCAUGUUGUUAAAGAAUCUAACUGACAAUGAAAGUGAAAACACUAAUCUUAAGCAGAAGUUACUUGAAAAGGAGACCUAUAUCCAAGAACUUUCAAGUUUAUUUCACAAUGAAAAGGAAAAUGCUUUGAAAGCAAACCGUUUUUCUCAAUCAGUAAAAGUAGUACAUGAUCGACUACAGCUCCAAAUUCAAAAAAGGGAAGCUGAGAAUAAUCAGCUUAAAGAAUAUAUAAAGAGCUUAGAAAUCAAAAUAGCCAAAUGGAACUUGCAGUUGAAAGCAAAUAAGCAGGAGGCCGGGACCAUGAGGGAAGCGAGUCGCCAAAAAACUGCCGCUCUGAAGAAAGCAUCCAGAGCUUACAAGCAAAGGCUCCGGCAUUGCACUGGGGACAUUGAGCACCUCACUGCCCAAAUUCGGCAUCAGGAAGCCAAGUUGUCUGAAACAGUUUCAGCUUCCAAUACCUGGAAAAAUCAUUAUGAGAAAAUUGUAAUAGAAAAAACCGAGUUGGAAGUUCAGAUUGAAACAAUGAAAAAGCAAAUCACAAAUCUUUUGGAAGACCUGAAGACAAUGGAAACCCAUGGAAAAAAUUCAUGUGAAGAAAUUCUUAGAAAACUUCACUCACUUGAAUCUGAAAAUGAAGCUCUGAAUCUUGAGAAUAUAAAAUUAAAGAAUACACUUGAGGCUUUGACGGAUGAAGUUGUUUGUGUUGAAAAUGAGCUCUUAGAAUUACAAGAAGUAGAAAAACGACAGAAAAGCCUUAUUGAAGUCUAUAAAACCCAGGUGCAAAAGUUACAAGAAGCAGCAAAAACAGUAAAAAGCAGAUGUGAAGACUUGCUUCAUGAAAAUAAUUUAAUUAAAAAUAAAAAGGCAGAGAAAAUGAGAGGCCAGAUGGAGUUUCAGUUGAAGGAGGUAGAGGAAGUGCGCCAUUCCCUGAUGUCAGCUGGACAGAGGCCUCCGGAAUGUCAGGAGAAAGAGGAAAUGUGCCAUUCCUUGACAUCAACUGGACAGAGGCCUUGGGAAUGUCAGGAGAAAGAGGAAAUGUGCCAUGCCUCGACAUCAACUGGACAGAGGCCUUGGGAAUGUCAGGAGAAAGAUGAAAUGUGCCAUUCCUCGACAUCAACUGGACAGAGGCCUCCGGAAUGUCAGGAGAAAGAGGAAGUGUGCCAUUCCUCGACAUCAACUGGACAGAGGCCUCGGGAAUGUCAAGAGAUAGAGGAAGUGUGCCAUUCCUCGACAUCAACUGGACAGAGGCCUCCGGAAUGUCAGGAGAAAGAGGAAGUGUGCCAUUCCUUGGCAUCAACUGCAGGGAGGCCUCAGGAGAUAGAUUGCGUCCCCCAUUCCUUGACGUCAGCUGGACGGAGGCCUUGGGAGUGUCAGAAGGUUGAGGGAAAUCAUAUGCUUCUGACCAAGCUAUCUCUUGAGGAGGAAAAUUAUCUAAUUCAGUUAAAGUGUGAAAACCUAAAACAAAAAUUAGACCAGAUGGACGCUGAGAACAAGGAACUUGAAAGGAAGCUGGCGGAGCAGGAGGAGUGCCUGAGGCAGAGCAACCUGAAGCUUAAGGAGAAGUCUUCGGAGUACACAGCGCUGGCCAGACAACUGGAAGCUGCCUUAGAAGAGGGAAGACACAAGGUUUCUGAAGAAAUAGAGAAAAUAUCAUCUAGAGAGAGGGCUUUGCAAAUUAAAAUAUUAGAUCUGGAAACUGAGCUUAGAAAGAAAAAUGAAGAACAAAACCAACUUGUUUGCAAAAUGAACAGUAAAGCACAGCAUCAAGAAAUGUGUUUGAAAGAAAUACAACAUAAUCUUGAGAAGUCGGAGAACCAAAAUGAGAGUAUUAAGAACUAUUUACAAUUCCUUCAAACUUCUUAUGUAACAAUGUUUGGAUAAAUGAUUGAAUUGAUUUUAUUUAUUGAUGAUUGUUGCUGUACCUCAUGAUUUAUAAGUAAUAGUGUUAAAAUUUCCAUGUGAAGCGUUUGAAACAUAAUUUAUUGUUUAUAACUUUAAGAUAUGAUGAAUGUUGGAAUUCCUUUUUUGCUGGAUAAUAAUUUAAUUCUAGCUUAAUUUCUUUGUAAAGUAGUUUUUAGGAUAUUUUUCUUUGAUACACACAGAAGUCAGAAUCAUUCUUUGUAAACCAUCUAAGUAAAUUUGUAAUAAUUUUAGGGCAGUUAUAGGCCAAGUACGUGAUUUUUAAUAAUGUAUUUAGUUUUUGUAUAGUAUGGAUCUGUAUAAAUAAAAAGUAUCAAAAUUUAAUUUUAAUCAUAUAAUAAUAUACUUUCUAAAGAUACCAAAUGUCUCUAUAUGCUUGACAUUGCUUCAGGGGUAUGCUGAGUUGCUGUUAUCAUCUCUAUGAGAUUUUUAAACUUAAAAAACUAAGUCACAGCAGCUAGUAAGUGAUAGCUGAUGGUAACAGAUGGAAACAUGUUGCCGUGCAUUGUUUCUUUGUGAAUUCAUAUCCACUUUGUUCAUUGGUGUUAGGUAUUAUUUGGUAUUAUUACUACAGGCAUCCUGAAGCUUCAGUUACCUGAAGGAUUAAAAGAAAACUCUUGUCCUACCCUUCCUUUGGCCAACUCGCACAGGAUGAAUAAAAUGAGGACUCACAACAAAA